AUGAAGGUCCCCACAGCCGCCCUAGCUACUCUGCUCCUCGUGGCCAUCUGGUCCCUGGCUGAGGCCCACAUCGCCACCAUCCCCACCGUCUGCUGCUUCACCUAUGUGUCCCAGCGCCUCCCGCGCUCGGCCAUCUCCUCCGCCUACACCACCAGCAGCAGCUGCAGCCAGCCAGCAGUGAUCCUGGUCACCAAAAAAGGGAUAAAAGUGUGUGCAGACCCCCAGGCACCCUGGGUUCAGGCAUAUCUGAAGCGCUUCCAGAAGCUGGGGUACCGACUCUUCCCCACUGACACCCCAGUGCAGCAGGCUUGGCCUCUAGCAUCAGACGCACAACAGAGAGUGUGA